AUGGGAGAGAACAAAGAUCUUUUUGUACUUACCUAUGGAGCUCUGGUUGCCCAGCUAUGCAAGGAUUAUGAGAAAGAUGAAGAUGUGAACAAAUACUUAGAUAAAAUGGGUUACGGUAUUGGAACUCGGCUGGUGGAAGAUUUUUUGGCUCGAUCCUGUGUGAGAAGAUGUCACAGUUAUUCAGAAAUAAUAGACAUAAUUGCCCAGGUUGCUUUCAAGAUGUACUUGGGAAUCACACCAAGCGUGGUCUGUCACAAUUCAAGCAGAAAUGAAUUUUCCCUGAUUCUAGACAAGAAUCCUCUGGCAGAGUUUGUAGAAGAGCUCCCUGCUGGACGAUCUGCACUGUGCUACUGCAACUUACUCUGUGGAGUCAUCAGAGGGGCCCUGGAGAUGGUUCAUUUGGCUACUGAUGUUACAUUCUUGCAAGACAGACUAAAAGGCGACAGGGUGACAGAAAUUGGAAUAACAUUUCUAAAAAAGCUGGACGAGAAAAAAUAUAAACGGAAAAAAUGAAGACUAUCGUGCAGAGAGUGCCAUGCAUGCUUAGCUGACCAGCGAGUAUUAGCUAAACACCCAGUCACAGAAGCUUUGCUUUCCCUGAUGUCAUGGGCUUUGACAGGCUUAUACAUUUUGCUGUGUAUCACACAUUUUCAGGAUUUCAGAUACACAUAACCUCUUAUAAAACAGCGAGCAUGAAUUCCACAUGUUAGUCAACCCAGCUUCAGCCAGUCUACCCAUUCAACUACCUGUGGCAAUAGGGGGAAAAUAGAGGCACCACUGUUAGGUCAUUAUCUCUUUUCAAUAG